AUGGCUGCCAAAGUGUUUGAGUCUGUUUGCAAGUUAGGCCUGGCUUUAGCUGUUGCAGAAGGCAUAGUGAACUCAGCCUUGUAUAAUGUGGAUGCUGGGCAUAAAACCAUCAUCUUUGACUGGUUUCUCAGCAUGCAGGACAUUAUGAAUGUCAACAUCACCCUAUUCAUCCUCUUCUGGCUGGUGGUCAGCCAGCUCCUACGCAUCUGUACCAGCAUCAGUGAGAACUACAACAAAUUGGAACAAGCAGCCAUCUUUGGGCUCAUCCUGGAUGACACGUCCCUGAUACAUCUGACCUUCAGGAAGGAGUUCACAGAAGUGGUAGAAGCCAAGCUGGUGGCUCAGCAGGCAGCAAGUGCCAGAUUUGUGGUGGAGAAGGCCAAGCAGCAGAAAAAGGCAGCCAUCAUCUAUGCAGAAGACGAUUCCAAGGUGGCUGAUCUGACUACCAACUCACUGGCCACCACAGGGGAGGUCCUGAUAGAGCUGCACAAGCUAGAAGUGUUAGGGUCUGGAGUUGAAGGAUGA